UAAUCGUAAUCGGUAACAAGCAGGGAUAGUUUUGAAACAUAAAAUAGAGAAGAAGAUCAUAGUCCCGGGCGGUUACUAGAGGGAAAUCGAGGAGUUAGGAAAAGUGUAGAAGUUUAGCAUAUUUGGAAAAAUCGAGCGAAAUGAAGUUAUCUCCCAUUACACUGUUUAUGUUUAGAGACUCUGAUGGUUUCGCUUCUAUUAUCUCACAAGCUCUUCACCCUAACCCUUCUUCCUCUUUCACCCCAAUCGAAGAGUCGUUUGAACUCUCUUUGGAGGAUUAUGGAAUCAAGGACCACAAAGCAUCGGGAAUCGUUCUUCACUAUGUUGAUAAUCACGGCAUUUACAAGGUGUCGAUCGUGCUUAUGCAGCACUAUGAGCCACCGGUACUAGCAUGUGCUCUUAAUGAGGUCCUCAAUAAAAUUGCUGGAGGCGAUCCAUCCUCGAUUCCUACGCUUUUGGUUCCUUUUUUGGUGGAAUCAUCCAAAGUUAAAGGGUACAGUAAAUCUCUAAGAUCAGAUGAAAGUAGAGCCUUAACUUUUGGCAUACAGAUUGGUCACACUACAGACAUAAUGCAGACCUUACUCAAGAAAACCCAGGAAACACCAUCUUCAUUGCAGAUUCAGCAAGAAAAUUUUGCAUGUUUUCUUCACUUUGUUCGUGUAAUGAAGUUACCAACCUUUUUUCUAAUUGGACAAUCAAGUACCAAACAGCAUGAGGCAAUUUGUGAAAUAGGAGACAUUUUGGCGAGCAGUACAGGUCUGCAGUUUUCAGAAGAAAAAGUGAUUUGGAAUCCAAAAAAGACAUCAAGGGAGAGCAAGGAGCCAUGGCGCGAUUUAUAUGGUUGAGUCACGAGUCCCAUACAUGCAAACAUGGAACUAGUUUUUUCACUGAUUCUCAGAACCAUGGUCUUUCCAACUGUUUCCUUUUAACAUGUUUAUAAGAAUUCUUUUGCCUUAUUUUCUUUGUACCUCUCUCAAGUAUCUUAAUCUUUCUCUUGUAUUGUGUGCAGUGAGCUGAAUACUGCUGGCAUGGCAUGUAACUGCAAGUUCUUUUUAUUGUAUUUACUUUUCUAAAGCUUCGGCUGCAUAGGUAGGUUUCGAACCAUUAAGACAUCCAUCACAUACUGUAUUUCUUUGGUGCAUUUACAACUUGUUAAAGGAGAUAAAGAUCAGAGCCACGAGUUUUUUAAAAUUGUUUUUGUAAUAGUAACACUUCAGUCAUGAGAGUUUGUACUUUUAAGGGUCCACAACUUUGCUAAUGUGAAGAAGAGAAAUAUUCUAUUGCAAUUAUGAAUGCUUUCUAGGCAA